AUGUCAUCAGGUAGCGACAACACUCCUCUCUCCAGUCACAAAAAGUUCUACGAUUUCCGAGUAGAAGAUUGGUAUUCCUGUUGUUAUUCGGACAACAAAUCAACAGAACCAUUGACUUUUACCACUGAUUUUUUAUCACUCACCAUCGAACAAGCUAAUGCCAUCAUUCACCUCUAUGAACUAUUUCACAAAUAUCCGAGACAAUUGUUGCCUGGUGAUGUUGGUUUAAAAUUACCAGAGCAAGAUGAUCUCUUGCAGCAAUAUAUCAAAAACGCCAAAGUGAAAUGCAUGAAUCGAUUUUCGUCAGUGACAAAUGUCAAUUCCAUUGUUUCGGAAUUUUAUGAUUGGGAUGCCAAUAAUAAUAAUACUGAUUCAACAGUUCUCAAAAACCAGAAAAUUUUCACUCGACAGGAUGCAGUGCUGAUACAACAAUUAGGUAUUGCUCUACAACAAAAAUUUGAUGAGCUUGCAAAAGUGUCUCCUUACCCACAGAUUGAUGGAUUUUUUGUUCGAGCAUCAACACGAUCGCCCAAAGACGGCUGUUUGCGCCAUCGUCAAGCAUUUACCCAGCAAUUAAAGUUGGAACUCGAAAAGAAUGCUCAACAGUCAGGACGAGAAGUGACAUUUAAUGAGCCUCUUGCAGUAGUGAGAGCCUUCAACGCUAAAUUAUGCGUUCAAAACGCAUUACAAGCCCUCGAUUUGCUCGUCAACUCUGAAAGAAUCUAUGCUGACUUAUUUAGGGCCUUGUUGUUUAUCGAUGAAAAUUUGAAAAAGGAACCUCAAAAAGAAUUGCCUGAGCAACGUUUGGUAGUGAGACUCUUCAAGAAAAUGUCUCGACCCGAAUAUGAAUUUAGAGUAUUUGUGAAAUACUUUGAAAAUUUACAACAACAUCAAGUAGUUGGAAUUACACAGUAUUUUAAGACAUGCUAUUUAGAAGAUCUCAAUCAUCACGAUGGAAGUUUGAGAGAACAAAUUCAGAAUGGUAUUCAGGAAUUGGCCCAAGAAGUUUCUAAACGCUUGCAAACGACUGAAAAUUUUGUGUUGGACGUGAGUAUUGAGUAUGAACAUGUUCUUUCAGAGGAUGGCACCAAUUCUCAAUUUAAAGUGACAAAAAUUUGGAUGAUUGAAAUCAAUUCUUUCUCAAAACAGGCAAGCCCUUGUUUAUUUAAUUGGGAUGAAGAAGAGACCAUUAAGGUUCUGAGUGGAGAAUUGCCCCUGCAAUUCAGAAUUUUACAAAAACCACUAACCCUUAAAGAAGGAAGACGUGAAUUAGCAAAAGAUGUGAGCGAAAUGUUGGAACUCAUUAAUGGAAAGCCUCCAGUUGAAAAUGGUGAAGUCAAUCAUCAGGACGAUCGUGAUCAUUCAAAAAAGAAUUGUAUGGUUCAAUAA